ACUCCAAAGUCACACACACCCACACUACAUUUUGCUCCCUCCUAUUUUCCCUUCCUCUUCUUCUAUUUUUUUUUUUUAAUUUUUUUUUCUCUCUUUUUCUUCUCCUUCUCUCCCCCAUUUCUUACAGAUCAAAUUUAAAAGCACAAAAUCACUAUUAUUCACUAUCCAAUCAAUCCAUCUUCUUCUAUAGUUUACCCUCUCAAUCAAUCUCUAAGCUCCCACUUGCAUAAUUAUGUUUUAAAUAUAUAUAUACGCAGAGGCAUAUAUAUAUUUAUAUUGCUUAAAUAUUGUAACUUGUACAAGAGGGAGUAUUAUUGUUGUUAUUUUGGUUAGUGAAGAUGAGCGGGGCUGGAGUUAGGGUUCCAAUUCCUAGCAACGUGAGGAAGACGAUCCAGAACAUAAAGGAGAUCACAGGAAAUCAUAGUGAAGAUGAGAUUUAUGCAAUGCUUAAGGACUGCUCUAUGGAUCCCAAUGAAACCGCUCAAAAACUUCUUUCUCAGGAUCCAUUUCGUGAAGUUAAAAGGAAGCGAGACCGGAGAAAAGAGAAUAUGAAUAAUAAAGAGUCUGGAGAUUCUCGUUGGAAACCUGGCACGCAAGGGCGAGGGAGUAGGGGUGGUCGGGUGAACUUUUCAACUCGUUACACAUCGCAUGAUGCUGGUGGUGGCAGGAAUUCUGGGUCUGCAAGGGACAACGGAAUCAACCAGGCUGUAGAGAAGGGAGAUGGUACUUAUUUGCCCGUUUCUCAGGAGAAAAGUAAGGAAACAAGUCCAUCAGCAAGCUCUGUCGGUGUUGGGGCAAAUGGUGCCACUGGUGAACCUUCUGGAAGCAACAGUGCAGUGCAUGCUCCCAAUUUAACUUUAGAAAGUGGUGUAGGUCAAAAUGAAGUGACUCCAUCAUCUAUUGUUGUUAACAAGUUUGGAAGUACAAUCCCCUCUGUUGAUGGCAGCAAAACCCCAGCAAUUGCAUCUGGAACUGGGGACACACAUGAGGAGCCCAUCCCAAACUCUGGUAACUCCUCAGUAUCUGUAACUCCAGCAUCUUCAUCAACAGUUUGUUUCUCAUCAUCGGAUCCUGUACUUGUUCCAUCUAAUGAUUCACGGCUUCCUAGUACAGUGGGUACCAUUAAACGUGAAGUGGGGGGCAAUCGAACUGCUGGUGAAUCAAAUUUAGUUAUUCCUGCUGAAAAAUCAGGAUAUGAGAUUGAUACUCCUUUUGUGCAAGGGAAGAUUCCAAGUAAAUCCCAUGUUGGGAAAGGUCAGCUUAGUGAGGCUUCCCAGUCCUCUGCCUCCAUCCACAGUGGCCCUUCCAGUAGUCGGCCGUCCUCUAACUACAGUAGUAGAUCACAGCAAGUAAUUGGCCCUCAAAAAGUUGGUUCUACGAAGGAGUGGAAACCAAAGCCAGCAAACACUAAUGUGCUUCAGGGGUCUGGAACAACUAGUUCAUCCGAAGUGCCUAAUGUUCCUGUUGAAGCUGGCAUCCAAUCACAGCCUUCGUCAAAUGUCCUUGAUUCAGAAGAAUCUACCACUAAACUGCAGAAGAAGCUGGAGGAGUUGCAUCUUCCCCAGCGUCAACAUGUUAUUAUUCCGAAUCAUAUUCAUGUCCCUGAAUCUGAAAGAACAAAAUUGAGUUUUGGAAGUUUUGAUGCUAGUUUUGGAGUGUCAGCAAGCUAUGUUAAUGAUCCAGAGAGUGACAAGAGUUCUACAUCCUUGUCUGAAACUUCUCAGGUUAUUGAAGAAACUGUGGAGGAACAACAGACUACAAGCAACCAAGAGUCACUGACAACUGCUGAGGAGGGACCUUAUCCAGAUAAGCCACAAUCAUCUUCACAUGUACUGGAAAAUUUAUCUGGUGAAGGUGAUGUCUCAUCUAGUGCAGUACCAGAGUAUAGUGAGUCCAAGCAGGAGACUGCAUUGUCUGGGGGGCAGCAAUAUUCAGUGGUACAAACUUCUCCAAGCUAUAGUUUUGGCUACGUGCCUCCAAUGCUAAGUAGCCAGAUUGCACCAUUUGAAAGCUCUGAAUCUCAAGCACGUGAUGUUUCUCGCCUUCCUAGUUUUGUGGUUCAACAACCAUUUGAUCCUACAAGUUAUUAUGCGCAAUUCUAUCGUUCAGGUGCUGAUAGUGAUGGUCGUGUUUCUCCUUUCCCGUCGCCUGCAGCUGCUGCAAAAUACAAUGGGAAUGUUGCAGUCUUGCCUCCACAUACUUCUCAGUCUCCCCAAGAGGGAGGGAAUUCUUUAGUUCUGUCAACAGCAGGUGCAACUCCAGUGGUGACCCAAGCUGCUGGGGUCAUCCAAAGUUCCAUAGCUGUGACUCAGCAACCUCUUCCAGUUUUUCGCCCUCCAACUGGGUUGCACAUUCCCCACUAUCCCCCAAACUACAUCCCUUAUGGUCAUUACUUCUCCCCAUUCUAUGUUCCACCUCCAGGCAUCCACCAAUUUUUAAGUAAUGGUGCAUUUCCCCAGCAACCUCAAGCUGGGAGCAUAUAUCCAGCUCCUCCAGCUGCUGCUGCCAUGGGUGUCAAAUAUUCACUUCCACAAUACAAGCCUGGAACUAAUACAGGAAAUUCAACUCAUAUUGGAAUCGCAAGUGGCUAUGGACCAUAUGGCUCCUCUCAAGCUGGUUAUAAUCCUAGUUCUGCAGCAACUGGAGGAAACUCUACCACAAAUGAAGAUCUUGGUGCAUCCCAAUUCAAGGACAGUAAUGUUUACAUAACUGGGCAGCAGAGCGAGGGUUCAGCUGUGUGGAUUGCUGCCCCUGGCCGAGAUAUGUCUAGCUUGCCAGCAAGUUCCUUCUACAACCUUCCUCCUCAAGGUCAGCAUGUGACAUUCACCCCUACACAGGCUGGCCAUGGCACAUUUGCCAGUAUCUAUCAGCCUGCACAAGCAGUAACAGCAGCGGCUGUUCACCCGCUUCUUCAACAGUCUCAGGCCAUGGCUGGUGCUGUUGAUAUGGUGGGACCUGCAGCCAGUGUCUACCAGCAGCCUCAGCACCAACAAAUCAACUGGCCUAGUAACUACUGAAAGAUGGAUAUUAAUUUUUUUUUUUUUUUUGUACACCGGGAAAAGAAAAGGUCCAAUCUUGGGAUAAAUUUUUGGGACCUCCAACAAGUUUGGAUAGAGGGGAACAGAGAGAUACAACAUUGGCCGGGUCUGAGAGUGCAAUCUAGAAAAAAGAAGUCUGGAGAAAGUUUUGCCAAUGGUAUCUUCUAAUUGCUUGGGUUGAGGGCAUAAAAGGGCAGUUGGCCUGUAACUGAUAUUGACACCAUUUUAAGUUAGUUAAGGUAGGCAUGUGCAGUUUUCUCUUUCCUGUUGCUGCCAUAUGGUGUUACAGUUUUUCCAUUUUGUAGUCUCUAAGUUCUUUCUAAAGUCUCUGAACUUAGGUUUUCUAUCGUUGAGUGGUGAGUCUUUUCUAUUCUUUUUGACUUGGGGGUUUUCUAGGGUUCUGGAGGUAAGAUAUAGGUCGGUGGCGAAUUUUUUACCAAAUUCCUUUUCUUUUAUUGUCUUUCCGCUACCUGUAAAGUGAAUUUUGAUAGCAAGAAAAGGAUAUGUACCUAACUGUUGUAAUUGGUAUAAGCAAAAGCGAACAUUUCAAUUGUUUUCGCUGACUGGUAUUAUCAUAAUUCGUAAAUGCUUGUCA